CAUUGCAGCGGGGCUCAGUCUCAUGGAUUCAACUGGCUGUGGCUUAAUUCAUGACCUUAAGGAUGAAGUGGCUUCUGGUCUUGGAUUUUUUUAUUUCGAUAUAACGCAAAGACGAAUAAAUAACUAACCACAGUUUCUCUGAGGCGUUUCGCUUCCGUCGCCGCACAGGGGGAAAUGAAGACGCUAACGUUAGUAACGUUUACGAGCAAAUGCCCCACGCAAAACAAGCUACUCCCGUUGAUGUCCAAAGGCCCCGCCUCCGAGGAGAAACGCGCCUAUCAGUGAUGGUUAUGGAGGAUGAUGGACGUCCCCACAGCCAAUCAGAGCCAGACACCCUGUCACCAGUGGGCGGGCCAGAACAGCUGGUCCACAGGUUCACCUCCAGGACCGCUCUGCAACCCUCUGCCCGGCGUUCAGCAUCUCAGCCUGGGCUCGCCCUCAGACCAGAGACCCUGUUACGACCGCAUGCAGGCGUCUAACCAGGGCUGCCUGAGCAACCCGAGCACCUUUUCAUCCAGGAACAACACUCAUCACAGUUUGCUCUUUGCUAGUAAUACAGACCAGAGUGUGCAGCAAAUCGUCCCCAAUGCUCAUGUUUCAUCAGUGAUUCCAGCUGCAAGCCAAGGAAGAAAUAUACCUCCAUGUUCUCUCCCUCACUCCCCUCACAGUCCUUACCAAGCAAUGUGUGCCCCUUUCCAGCCUCCACACACACACCAGGAUUCACUGAAUGGACCUCAGUCACCGCAUCAGAAACAUCUGCCCAUUAGCCCUCCAUCAUUUGGACAGUGUUUAAACCAGAAUCCACACGGCACACUUCAACCUGCAUUCGACAGGGCAAGUAUGGAGUCUUCUGUUCAUGCUGGAUAUAUCUACAGUCAUGCCUCUCCCACCUCUCCUAUCCAACAGCAGCCUCAGUGGACACUUCCACCACACUCUAGAGGAACCAUAAAUGAAUUUGUUCCCAGUGCGGCCGCACAGGACAGGACCAUCUCACCACAGUCUCUGAACUCUGAGUCCCGUUAUGGCCUGGACCCAGAGCUCCUGCCCAGUGCUGUGAAGGUAAUUGCAGAGGACAGGGCAGAGUGGGAGGGCAAGGUCUUCGUCUCAGAGCCUUUUUCCCGUCUUCCUCCUCUGGCAACUACGUCCUGUAUCAUAGAAGACAGAGGUAACGCAAGUCCUUUGGCCAUCCGCUCCACCUCAUACUGCGUGCCCUGUGAAGGUCAGACCGCCCUGCUCAGUCGUUUGCCACUGGGAGCCCUGGUUACCCCUCUUGUAAAACAAAAUACUGGAGAGAAGCUCCUUCCAGUGUGCAGAGAGGCAGAGUGUGUAGUGGGCUGUGGUUGGUGCGGAGCCUCCAUGUGCCCGGCGAUGGGCUGGCAGGACUGUGGUCAAAGAUUUUACUGCCCUUUCUGUGGUAAACUCAGUGAAGUGCCGUGGCAACACUACCAGCCCACCAAAGGCGUGGAGGGGGUUCGGAUUGAUAAAGACAAGAGGCCUGAACUCAGUGUGGGGUCUUACGAGAUACUCAGUUCUCAGAAGGGCGAACCUGCUGCACUGCUGCUAGCCAUAGAUGUGUCUGCCUCAGCACUAAGAGGAGGACAUUUGGAGUUUGUAACACAGCAGAUACACUCUCUGCUCACGUCUCUGAACAGCGGGGACGGUGAUGCCUUGUCGGACAUACGUGUUGGUUUGAUAACGUAUGACAGCAGAAUCCACCUGUACGACCUCAGCCCUGCGUUGUCCCGCCCACACAUGCUGGUCAUCACAGAGACAGAAGACCUGCAACUUCCUGUGAGGGAGGGGCUUCUGGUGUCCCUCAAAGACUGUAUCGACAGUAUCAACAGUGUGUUGCAGCUUAUUCCUCAGUUCAGUGCAGAGUGUGAUGACUCUAGUGGACUUCCAAUGGAGCUGCCUGUCAAAGCGGGGCUGGCUGUACUGCAGGCCCUGAGUUGUCCUGGUAAGCUGCUGGUCUUCCAUACUGCCUCUCUGAUAGAGACGGGGCACACAAACUCCUCAGGGUUCUUUGGCUCCAACAAACCAAAGUCCAUCUUUCAGCCAUCAGAGUUAGCCACCUCAUUGGCCAAGGAGUGCGUCCAGCAGGGCUGCGGCGUUUACCUGUUUGUCCUCUCCCAACAAGACGUGGGCGGGGCUUGGCCAGGGCACGUUCCGUAUCUAACAGGUGGAGAUCUGCACACCUACAGCCACCUACAGGGAGAACUGGACAGGGAGCGUUUCAGCACUGAUUUAAAGAGGAUUCUGGAGGUGGACACGGGCUACAAGGCUGAGCUCAGGAUUUUUGUCAGCAAAGAUUUACGUGUGUCCGGCUGCUAUGGACUGUUUGUCCCUGGACCUAGCCCUGGCCGUGUCGCCAUGGCAACCCUUGACAGGUGGACAACACUGGCUGUGGAGCUUGCCCACUCCAGAGCUCUGGAUGAGACGAGAGGUGUAGCCAUACAGACUGUGUUGUCUUACAGCACCCAGACAGGAGACAGGAGGACCAGGGUUCACACUCUGACCCUGCGAUGCUCACGUCACCUGCAGGAUGCUUUCCGCCACUAUCAGGCCCAAACACUGCUCACCUUUUACUGCAAGAAGAUGUAUUGUGCAGUGUUGGAGCGCCCUCUGCAGGAGCUGAGGGAGGAACUGCAGACAGAGGUAACGGAGGCACUGGCAUCCUAUCGCAAACACUGCUGCUCUACCUCAGUGUCUGCUGGACAGCUCGUCCUUCCUCAGUACCUGCGAGCUCUUCCUGUUUACAUCAACAGUCUGAGGAAGAGUGAGGUGCUGCUGCCGGGCCUGAGGAGCUCCAUCCACCAGCGACUGCAGCAACGCUGCCAGGUGCUCAGCAUGGACACCUGCAGCACCGCCACACACUUUUAUCCUCAGCUGCUUCCGCUGCCACUUUCAACUGAGAACUCCAGUCCUCCAAACCCAGAGAAGGCGCUGCGCUGCUGUGCCGUCAGCCUGGAGACCAGAGGUCUGUAUUUGGUCCACGCACCUCUCACUCUGCUGCUCUGGGUGGGCACCCAAGUCCCAGCAAGCACUCUUGUCGAGCUCUUUAACACCAGUUGCUUCUCCUCCCUGCCGUCCGGAGAGACCAAACUGCCAGUUCUGGAAAACCCUCUGUCCAUCAGUAUUCGAUCCUUCAUCAACACAUUGAACUCCCAGGUGUCCUGCACCCGCAAGCUGCGGGUGGUGAAGCAGGGUGACACCUGCGAGGAGGCGUUGCAGCGCCACCUGGUGGAGGACAAGAGUCCCAACGGAGGAGCGUCCUAUGCAGACUUCCUCUACCACCUUCACAUCAACUCUGUUCGGCUGCUGCAGUGACACACGCGCUCACGUCUUCUCACUUCUCCAGGUGCAUUAUCUUCUACAGAAUAUAACACUGCAGCGUAUUAGUUUAAAAACAGAAAACAGGAUUAGAGGAGCAAAUGUAUUAUUAGACAUUAUUGCAAUUUGGAAACACUAAAGGCCUGUUGUCAUAGAAUCAGGCAGUGCAUGAGGACAGUUAAGAGAUAUUUAUUUCAUGAGUGCUGUGAUAUAACAUGUACGACGUGUGCUGUGAUGAAUGUGAUCUGUACUCUCCUGAAAAUGUGUUUAUGAUAAUUUAUUCCUGCGUCAUGGCAAUUCUCUAAUCCCCGCCCAGAUUUGCAGGUAUGUGUAUCUCAGUGUGUGUGUGUGUGUGUGCGCGUGCGUCUGCUUGUGUGUAUGAUACACACAGUUGGAUGUGUGCAUCAUGUCCUGUAGGUAAAUAAAGGCUUUCA